AUGGCCGACCAGGAAAAAAAGGAUCAGCCCCAGGCCGCUGCCCCUCAGACUCAGGAGCCCGACACCACCAAGUCCGAGCAGCCUACCGCUACUGAGUCCGCGCCUGCACCGGAGCCUGCCACUGAGCCUGCCGCUGCUACCGCUGCUCCUGCAACUGAAGCUGCUCCCGCUGCCCCUGAACCCUCUGCCGCCACGGCUGCUGCUGAAACACCUGCUGCGACAAGCACGGAACCAGCUCAGCACGCAGCCUCCGAGGCUACUAAGUCCGAAGCCCAGCCCGAGGCAGCCGGCGAGGAAGAGAAGAAGAAUGAGCCUUCCAAACCAGAGUAUUUCACCAAGACCCCUGCCCUCGAGCAGCUGUUUGACCGCGUCCCUGGUAUCUUGAGCAAGACCGGCCACCAGGAGAUGUGGGGGGUGCCCCUGAAGCACGACGCCACUGAUAUCCCCACCAUCAAUGUGCUCAUUAAGUACCUGCGUGCCAAUGAGGGUAACGUUAAGCUCGCUGAGGAGCAGUUGACCAAGGCCUUGGAAUGGCGCAAGGAAAAUGACCCUCUUGCCCUGGUGAAGAGCACCUAUAAUGCUGCGAAGUUCGGCGGGUUGGGUUACCUUACUACCUAUGCGCGCGAGGGGAAGGGUGAUUUGAUUGUUACCUGGAAUAUUUAUGGCGCUGUGAAGAAGAUUGAUGAUACCUUUGGGGACAUCACCGAGUUCAUCAAGUGGCGCGCUGCCCUCAUGGAGCUUGCUGUCCAGGAACUGAAGCUAGACCAAGCCACUUCGGUGAUCGACUACAACGGCGAGGAUCCCUACCAGAUGAUCCAGGUGCACGACUACCUGAGCGUUAGCUUCCUCCGCCUGAACCCGACCAUCAAGGCUGCGACCAAGAAGACCAUUGAGGUUUUCAGCACCGCGUACCCGGAGUUGCUGCGUGAGAAGUACUUCGUCAAUGUCCCCGCCAUCAUGGGCUGGAUGUUUGCGCUCGUCAAGCUGUUCGUUAAUGAGAACACCACUCGCAAAUUCCACCCCAUUUCCAACGGCGGCAACCUUGCUAAGGAGUUCCCUGGCUUGACUGAGAAAUUCCCCAAGGCUUACGGUGGUGGUGCUGCGGAUUUGGAAGGCUCUGCACGAACUGUUGCUCUUAAUAAGGAAGAGAAGAAGGAAGAGAAGAAGGAAGAGAAGAAGGAAGAGAAGAAGGAAGAGCAGAAGGAAGAGCAGAAGGAAGAGCAGAAGGAAGAGCAGAAGGAAGAGCAGAAGGAAGAGCAGAAGGAAGAGCAGAAGUGA